AUGUCUCAAUUAGCCAUUGGGUUAGCCAAUGGUGUUGUCAUUUUGAUUCGUGGUGAUCUCUCUAAAGACAAGACAACCAAGCAAAAAGUAAUCUAUGAAGGACAGGAGCCCAUUACAGGCCUUGGAUUUCGAGAACAGACCAAGUCAACCAUUUUGUUUAUUGUGACCACAAGCAGUAUCAUGUCUUACAACACAACAGCAGUAAAGCCAACAGUGACUGUCUUGGAUGAACAGGGUUGUGGGUUAGGCUGUGCUGUCAUGAACGAUCAACAAGAGAUGGUGGUUGGACGUGAUGAAGCUAUUUAUCUCUAUGAUCCUACAGGCAGAGGUCCUUGUUUUGCGUAUGAUACACCCAAGUCUUCUUUGACUUGGUUUAAGUCGAAUUAUUUGGUCAUUGUGUCCCCGCCUGUCAUGACCUCUGCUCAGCUCUCCAGUGGUGCUCGAGCAUCCCUCAGUUUAAAUGCUAAACGCUCUUCUACAAAUGAAUUGACUAAGAUUGCUAUUUUUGAUACAGCCAACAAAUUUGUAGCCUACGUAGGUACUUUCCUUGGUGGUAUUCGUGGUGUCUUUUGUGAAUGGAACUCUAUUUGGAUUGUAGGCACAGAUGGCAAGCUCUAUCAUUUAGAUGAAAAAGAUACACCCACAAAACUAGAAAUCUUGUUUAAAAUGAACUUAUAUGUAUUAGCUAUCAAUUUGGCGCAUACUCAAAAGUACGAUGAUAUCAGUAUUGCAGAGAUAUUCAAGAAAUAUGGUGAUCACUUGUACAAUAAGGGUGAUUAUGAUGGAUCCAUGGAGCAGUAUAUCAGAACCAUUGGUCAACUUGAACCCUCUUAUGUGAUAAGAAAGUUUUUGGAUGCUCAAAGAAUUUAUAAUUUGACAAAUUAUUUACAAGAAUUACACUCCAAGGGAUUAGCCAAUGCAGAUCACACUACGUUAUUGUUGAAUUGUUACACUAAACUGAAGGAUGUGUCUAGACUGGAUCAGUUUAUCAAGACCGAUACAGAUUUGAAUUUUGAUUUGGAAACAGCGAUUACUGUCUGUAGACAAGCAGGCUAUUUUGAACAUGCUGUCUAUCUUGCUGAGAAAUUUCAAGAACAUGACAUGUACCUUGAUAUCAUGAUUGAGGAUAUGCAGAAAUACGAUACAGCAUUGGCUUAUAUACAUAAACUCGGUCCUUAUGAAGCUGACAGAAACUUACAGAAAUACAGUAAAACCCUUCUAAGCCAAUUGCCUGAACAAACAACCCAAUUAUUGAUUGAAUUAUGCACGGGUCUUCUUCCACUUGCUACCAAUCCCACCAAUGGUGGUCCUAUGUCACCUGCGCCUAGCGAUAAUACACGGGCGCUUUCUAAUUUACCCUUUGAAAGCAGUACAUUACAGAACACGAUACCUUCAUUAAACAAGAUAGUACAGAACAAGCGUACUUCUUCUUCAGGUCGUCUUAGCUACUCCCCACCUUCACCACGCAAAUUUAUGCCUGCCUUUGUAGACCGACCUGAUUGCCUUACACUCUUUUUGGAAGCCGUGUUUGAGAAGCUAUGGGGAAAUCAAGGAGAAUCACCUGUGCCUGAAGCCAACGGGAAAUCAGAAAAGACACGGUCAUUAGGGGAACAAGAAGAACGCAAAACGAUCUGGAACACACUUUUGGAACUGUAUUUGAUGGAUCAGACAGAAUCCACAAGAGAACCUACAUCUGCAAGAGACAGACAACGUCGUCAACGUGAGUGUCGUCAAAAGGCUUUAUCGUUACUCCAUGAUGAGUCUGUGCAGUAUGAUACGAAUCAAGCACUUGUGCUUUGCCAACUCAAGCAGUUUGACGAAGGCAUUGUUUAUCUGUAUGAAAAGACAGGCAUGUAUACAGACAUUUUGAGACAUUGGAUGGAUAAAGGACAUACAGAUCGUGUGAUUGAAGGUGUUCGUAAAUACGGGCCAAAAGAUCCUUCCUUGUACCCUAUGGUAUUGACUUACUUUUCAUCUUCAUCUGAAGUAAUGGCUAAAUCAACACAAGAACUAUUGUCUGUGAUGAGACAUAUUGAUGAAAAGGAUUUAUUGCCUCCUAUUCAAGUCAUUCAAGCCUUGUCAAGAUCCAAUGUAGCCACUAUUGGCUUAAUUAAUGGCUAUAUUGGUAAAAAAAUUGAACAUGAACGACAAGAACUUAAGCAGAAUGAGGAAUUGAUUGAAAGCUAUCGACAAGAAACUGAAAAAGAAGAAAAGAGAUUGAAGAAUUACAAACAAGUGCUCGUAUUUUUCAAGUUCAGAAAUGCUCAGGUUGUGAAGGCAAUUUAG